CGGACCAAGUAACCUCCAUGACAUGGAUGUAUGAAACAAUUGACAGCAAUACCGAGGUCCAGAGCUGCUCCAAACCCCCAACACAGCCUGUAGUGCUCCAAAAUCAACUCAGCCCAGUCCGCUCAGUCUUUCCUUCCAACAGUCAAUGCAGACACUGCUCAAAAAUAUCAAGGGAACACUUAAUGUCAAUGCUGGCCACUCUGUCUACGAUGAUGUCUCAUGGUUUCAAGAGCAGUAAGCAGAACUUUACCUUUGGACAUUGGAAGGUGACUGCUGCCAAAAAUCACAUUAUGAAAUCCAAAGACAUCGAAAGGUUAGCAGAAGAGAUGAACAUGCCUUCCCUUCCAGAGAUGCUGUUUGGAGACAACUUCUUACGUAUCCAACACAUAGAUGGCUACGGCAUUGGAUUCAAUGCCAUUGAUGCCCUUAGGAGAGUAAACAACAUGGAGGAUGCUGUCAAGGUGGCCUGUGCUCAAGAAUGGCAGGAAAGCAGAGCUGAUUCUGAACACUCAAAAGAGGUGGUGAAACCUUACGACUGGACAUACACCACAGACUACAGAGGCACUCUAAUGGGAGAAGAUAUGCAGAUAAAGGUGACUGAGACAGCAGAGCGUAUCGAUAUGGAGAAGCUGAAGGCUCGAGAACAGAUCAUGUUCUUUGAUGACGUGCUGCUGUUUGAGGAUGAGCUGCAUGACCACGGAGUGUCAAUGAUCAGUGUAAAAAUUAGGGUGAUGCCCACCAGUUUCUUCCUGUUGCUGCGUUUCUUCCUACGUGUGGAUGGAGUGCUGAUAAGAAUAAAUGACACUCGACUGUAUCAUGAGGCUGGAAAGAAUUACAUGCUACGAGAGUUCAGCACCAGAGAAAGCAAAAUAGCGGAACUCAAGAAUGUUCCUGCUGCACUGUACACUGAUCCAAAUGAGAUCGCCCAGCACUUGUCCCUGAAGCUGACAGUGUAUGAGAAGCUGGAAUUUCCCCUGCCUCAUGCUCAGACAGCUGAUAAUGAAGUUCUCCAGUGACCAGUACACUAUAAGGUGCACGCUGAUGUGUUGUGUAAUUAAAAACAGGAAUAAAUAGCACAUCAUUAAUCUUACAGUAACAUGACCAUUGAUCUCUUCUUUAAUUAUCUGAGGAAUUGUUUUAUAUGUGACCACUAUGUUGAUGUGCUCUUGAAAUUCGGCAACCUUUGAGAGUUUGAUUUUGAUUUGAGUUUUCAGUGUAUCAACAUGCAUUGUCUACUUUAAGCAUUUGACAAACCGUAAAGCUUGGUAGGAUAGCUGUAUCCAUACUUUUAAUAUUACUGUAUUCAUGACAUAUUUGUAAGACACUGCAUAAAAUGGAAACAAAGACGGGCAUAAAAUAAAUCUGUAAAUAUGGUUGCUUCUCUACAGUGACUUAUGGAAGUUGAAAAAGUUUAGUUUCCACUUGCAAGUCAAACACCUUUAGAAUCUAUGUGAUCAUGUCUACCAUAUGGCCAAAUAAAUUUUGUUUGUACAAAUAUAA